CCGCAUUCUUCAUCAUCAACACACUCUAUAUAAACCACUAAACCUAAACUUUUUAUUCACAUUAUUAAACAAAAAGCAUAAAAUUUCAAUAACAAUGGAAUCUCCACUACUCUUUCUCAUCACAAUAUUACUGUUUUUCCAAUCACUCCUUGUUGCUUCCCAAACUCUAUCAAACUCUUCAACAGUCUGCAAAACGACGCCGGAUCCAAAGUACUGCAAAUCCGUUUUCCCACACAGCCAAGGCAAUGUUCAACAAUACGGCCGCUUCUCCAUCCGCAAAUCGCUAUCGCAAUCGCGAAAAUUCAUCCGUACGGUCGAUAAAUAUCUUAAACGCAACGCUCAUUUAUCUCAACCCGCCGUUAUUGGAGCUCUCCAAGAUUGCCGUUUCCUAGCCGGUCUAACAAUGGACUAUCUCUUAACGUCGUUUCAAACCGUUAACGACACGUCAGCAAAAUCAUCCUCCUUCAGAACGCUAUCGCUUCCAAAAGCUGACGAAAUCCAAACGCUUCUUUCCGCGGCGUUAACGAACGAGCAGACGUGUCUAGAGGGACUUACCACCGCCGCUUCGUCCUCCGUCACAGACGGCGUCGCUUUGCCUCUCGUCAACGACACGAAGCUCUUUAGCGUCUCACUCGCUCUCUUCACUAAAGGCUGGGUCCCAAAAAAGAAGAAACGGGCCGGGUUUGCUUGGGCCCAUCCAAGAUCCGGAUCAUCAGCUAACACCAAACCAUUCCGUCUGUUCCGUAACGGAGCGCUACCGUUGAAGAUGACGGAACGAACAAAAGCCGUCUACGAGUCACUCAGCAGAAGAAAACUCGCUGAUGGUGACGGCAAUGGUGACGGAGACGACGGAAGCAUGGUCCUGAUAAGCGACAUCGUCACCGUGAUCCAAGACGGGACCGGGAAUUUUACCAACAUCACGGCUGCCGUCGCGGCGGCGCCGAAUAACACCGACGGAAGCGGCGGUUUCUUCUUGAUCUAUGUAACGGCGGGAGUAUACGAAGAAUACGUAUCGAUCGCAAAGAACAAAAGAUACAUCAUGAUGAUCGGCGACGGGAUUAAUCAGACGGUGGUCACCGGAAAUAGAAGCGUCGUCGACGGUUGGACAACUUUCAACUCCGCAACAUUUGCUGUGACAGCACCUAACUUCGUUGCGGUGAACAUAACAAUCCGGAACACGGCCGGUCCAGAGAAGCACCAGGCGGUUGCGUUACGGAGCGGUGCAGAUUUCUCAAUCUUCUAUAGUUGUAGUUUCGAGGCUUAUCAAGAUACGCUUUACACGCAUUCUCUGAGACAGUUUUAUAGAGAGUGCGAUGUUUAUGGUACAGUCGAUUUUAUUUUCGGAAACGCGGCUGUCGUGUUCCAGAACUGCAAUUUAUAUCCGAGAAAACCGAUGCCGAACCAAUUCAACGCCAUCACCGCACAAGGCCGGUCUGAUCCGAACCAAAAUACGGGUACGUCAAUCCAGAACUGUACGAUUAAACCAGCGGAUGAUCUUGUUUCGAGUAACUAUACGGUUCGAACGUAUUUGGGUCGACCGUGGAAGGAGUAUUCACGGACGGUUAUCAUGCAGUCGUUCAUUGAUGGUUUUGUUGAACCGGUUGGUUGGAGAGAAUGGAACGGGGAUUUCGCUUUGAGUACGUUAUACUAUGCAGAAUAUAACAAUACCGGACCGGGUUCAAACACUACAAAACGGGUUACAUGGCCCGGUUAUCACGUGAUUAAUUCGACCGAUGCGGCUAAUUUCACAGUCACUGGUUUAUUUCUGGAAGAUGAUUGGAUUUGGAAGACCGGCGUGCCUUACACUAGCGGUUUAAUCUCAUAAUGAUUUCUUUUUGUUAUUCGCUCUUAAUUAUUUUUUUCUUUGUUAUUUCAUUUGAAGAAAGAAAGUAGUAUAUUCUUUUCGUUGGAACUGUAACAAACCGAAAACCAAGCUCAACGCGAAAGAAAUGUAGAGCCUGGUAAUGUAACUGUAUACAAUUUAUGCUAAAAAUAUGAAAUUAUUUAGCAUUCCGUAUUAAAUAAAACAAAAGGCAGCCAAAUCUCGACCGUUCGUUCAUUCACUGUCUUGAUCGCAAUGUAACAACCCGCUCAUCGUUCUCUACGUUAUAAAUAAAACACAAAGAUCAUCCCCAAAACCAACUUUUAAAGAGAUUCAAGAACACGACUACGAUUAGAUUUAAAAAAAAAACGAAUCAAAACACAAAAAUCAUCCGAGUUAUAGAAGAAGAAAUGUCCAUUUUGGUCGUGUCUCUCCUCCUUUUUGCCACUUCUUUCUUUGUUAACGGCCAAAAUCAAACUGCUUACGAGGUUGUCCAAAAGUACAAGUUACCACGAGGAAUCUUACCAGAGGGUGUCGUAGACUACGACAUAAAUCCCAAAACCGGCUAUUUCAAAGUAUAUUUUAACACCACGUGUCGGUUCCCCAUCGACACAUACAAGCUCAAGUACCAACCCACAAUCUCCGGCUUCAUAAGAAACGGACGGGUCACUAAUCUGAAAGGCGUAAGCGUUAAAGUGCUUUUCUUUUGGCUCAACAUCGCUGAGAUUUAUCGCGACGAAGACGAGCUUGAACUCUCCGUUGGCGUUGCUUCGGAGGAUUUCUCGAUGCAUCAUUUCGAGAAGAGCCCACAGUGUGGUUGUGGGUUUUAUUGUCGUGGGCUCGUAUUUUCCUCUUAAGGCCCAUGGGCUUCCACUUUAUUUAUUAGCUGAAUAAAUAGUAAUAUUCGUAGUAGACCGAGUUUGUUUGUGAUAAUGUGGACUGGUGGUGACUGAAUAAAUUGUAGUAUUCGUAUCGAAUAACUAUAACGUAGUUGAAUUGGGUGAAAACACUUGAGUUAGUAUGACACAAAUUUCGAAUGAUAAUUUUAAUCAAAACUUAAAAAUGUUAUUUUUUAGUAUCGUUUUUGUC